AUGGAAGGGCAGGAGCAGGUUACUCGCUUAACGGUCAAAGCCCCUCCGUUUUGGCCGGACAAACCCGAAUUAUGGUUCGCACAGUUAGAAAGCCAAUUAACCCUAGGAGGUAUAACGCAGGAUACGACUAAAUAUUCAUACGUGCUGGCUCACUUGGAGACCAGAUACGCUCGCGAGAUCCAAGAUAUCGUAAUGCAACCUCCGGCUCAAGGAAAAUACGAGGCAGUUAAAAGAGCUUUAACCCAGCGGUUGACAGCCACACAGGAGCAACGCAUCCGCCAGCUACUUGAGCACGAAGAGCUCGGUGAUAGGAAACCUUCGCAGUUCCUGCGACACUUACAGACCCUCGCCAACAAUAACGUCCCUGAGCAACUCCUACGUACCUUGUGGUUAGGUCGGUUACCGCAACAGGCGCAAGUUAUCCUCGCCACCCGAACGGAAGAUCGGUUAGAGGAUGUCGCGGAACAAGCCGAUAGAAUCACAGAAGUGACCAGUCGCAUGACUGUGGCUGUUGCCACGGCGACACAACCAUCGAUAGAGGAUCAAAUUAAAGCAUUAACGCAGCAAGUCGAGAUGCUGUCCGCACAAAUCCGAGAACGGCACAGUCGCUCAAGGAGCCGAGCUAGGAAUCAAGCUCCUAGAGAAAGGUCCUCGAGUCGGGUACAUAAACGAAGAGAGGCAAACAAAGACGAUGGGCAGUGCUUCUUCCACCAACGUUUCGGGGUGGAAGCAAAGAAAUGCCGUCAACCAUGCACCUUCAAGAAGGAAAACACGGAGGGCAGUCGUUGA